UGUCCGAAAACGCCAUUUUGGUUCUUUUACAGUAUGACAAGAGUGCCAGCUGGCAUCUCCGCAGAGCCCGAAUGGAGUCAUCAGUGGUUCAGUUUCAGUAAAUCUAGCAGCCUAUCCACAGUUAGAUCCGCCCACUCGUGAGUCAGAGGAUUCUACGAGGUCUGCUGUAAUGACAGCUCAAACCUGUCCACGUCAACACAGGAACAACACCAUGGACUCUGUGGCUCUGGAACCUUCACUAUACACAGUGAAGGCUGUAUUUAUUUUGGACAAUGAUGGGAACAGACUUCUGUCGAAGUACUACGACCUUGACCUCUACCCGUCUAUGAAGGAACAGAGGAGUUUUGAGAAGAAUGUCUUCAACAAGACCCACAAAGCUGACAAUGAGAUUGCCUUCUUGGAAGGGAUGACAAUUGUCUACAAGGGCAGCAUUGAUCUGUUCUUCUACGUGGUCGGCAGUGCCCAGGAGAACGAGCUUAUGCUGAUGGCUGUCCUGAAUUGCCUGUUUGAAUCACUCAGCCAAAUCUUAAGGAAGAACGUGGAGAGGAGGUGUCUGCUGGACAACAUGGAUGGAGUCUUCCUGGUGGUGGAUGAGAUCAUUGAUGGCGGGGUGAUUUUGGAGAGUGACCCACAGCAGGUGGUGGAGAAAGUCAACUACAGGGCGGACGACAACCCUCUGUCAGAGCAGAGUGUGGCACAGCACCUAACAGAAAAACUGGCUCUCACUACCACUGUAUUACAAUCAGCAAAGGAUCAGAUCAAGUGGUCAAUACUGAAGUGACCAGCGGAUGCCAUGAGGGAUACGCACCCUUGCAUCAGGGUCGGGGCAGAAGUCUAAAGAUUUGCGCUAUGCAGCUAUAAUCUUCAUUGUUUUGUUGGGUGACAUUUGUGUAAAUAGUUUGUUUUUGUCGAUGAGGGUCAAAUUCUAUGUACAUAAUAUAUAAUAUUUAUUAGUUUAAAUAUGUUUCGCGAAUUAUCAAUUGGUCAAGAGCACAGUUAGUAGGUUAGGCCUGCUGUGGUCCGAGUAGGCCUAGGUCAUUUUUUUAAAAAAAGGCUUAGGAUACCUUACCUUUUAGGAGCACCUUAAAUUGUUCUUGAAAUUAUUUUUUGUUCUAUGAAGUUAGUCUGUAAUGUUAAGUAUCAACAGGGUCCCAACGUCCUUUGUCAUUUGAGAGUCAUUGGUCCUUUGGCUGUCGCAACCCAAACCAAGGCCGGGCGGGUGCGGUAGUUCCAGUCGUAGAAGUAUAUAUAUAGGCCAAGUUAUAAUUACCUAGGCUGUAGAAUACAGUCAGAUCAGGAUGAACUCACACACCAAAUAGCCUACUGCCGAUUUAAUAGACUUGUUUAAUAACAAAGAGAGUAUGCACGUCCUUCAUUUAAAACUUUAAAUGAGAUGGGAGACUAUUAUAGUUAGGUUAGGCCUAUUGUAGGCUAGCCUACUUUUCGAAGAUAAUCCAAUAUUUGUUGGGUUUGAUGACGAGAAUACAGAAGUCUAAAAUAGAGUUCACUUAAAGACAGAAAAAGAAAAGAAGGCACUUCUAUCGUAAGCCAUUGUGUUAGAGUAGACAUAUUUGAAAUAUAGUUGUUUCAUGAUGUCAACAAUUGUUUCCCUGCAGUUAGCGCUUUUUCAUUUUUAUUGCACACCAAAGAGAGAAACACGCUACAGGCUACGCUAUUCUGUCGUUUUGAACUGAAAAGACACCGCAAUAUUUAUAUACUUUUUAUUAUUAUUUUUUUUUAAAUAUGAACUUUUUAAUUUUUAAUUUUACUGCCAACCACAGUUUUAUUGACAGUUUGACUACUUUUCUAGAAACAUCUGACAGCUAGGCCUGUGUAAGGUACGAAAAAAAUAAUCUUUGUCCGUAAAAUGAACAAGAUGAAUAGGCUAUUUAUAGAAAGUAAAAGUUAUAGUUUAUGUUACUGAAGUAUGGAUUGUGUGUUUUGUACAUCACUAAUAGGCUACUCAUUAUUAAAACCGUGUGUGCACACUCA